AUGGGGACCAAUAUGAGGGUGCUGAGUUUGCUGGCGAUUCUGCAAUGCCUUGUAGUUCAUGCCCACAGAGACAGAAAUAAAAUCGUUGGUAAAGCAGAGGCCAGACAGAUCCUUAAUGAGCUCAGACAGAGGCAUGACUCACACAUCUCAAAGAAGUCAGCAGGCAUUAAUUUCGGACAGGAAGAGGAGGAUAUUGACCAGUUGUUGCUUCGAACUUUAAAGAAUGAGGAGGAAGAGAAUGGCGAUAGCGAAGACAACAACGACGACAGUGGCAAGGGAGGCAACGCUAAAGGCGGGGCUAAACUUAUAGAAGAAGCUCUUAAGGGUAACGUCGACCCAGAUUCUGACGUGGUAAACCUACUAGAGAGUAUGUUUGUGGAUGAGGGAAACAGGCACAAUCUACACCCUGAUGGGAUUGAUAAGAUAGCUCUUAAGAAAGGGAAAGUCUUUGGUGACACACACGACAAUCAUAGACUAACACAGCAACAACUCGACGAUUUAAAAAACAACAGUGGUGGAAGAAAGAGGAGAAAUUUCUUAAAAUCGGCUCCACUUUGGCCAGAUAAUAUUAUUCCAUACACAAUUGACAGCAGUUUAUCCAGCACGCAAAGUUACGUGGACGUUAUAAAUGCAGGAAUCCAGCAGUUUACAGACUACACGUGUUUAAAAUGGGUUCCCCAAGGCUCCACCGAGGCCCAGAAACUUACCCAUAGUUCCUACAUCGAGUUCUUCUCUGAAAGUGGAUGUUGGUCUUACGUGGGAAUGGUUUUUUCAGGAAAACAACAAGUUAGCCUUCAGGCGCCUGGAUGUGUUUCACUUUCCACAACAGUUCAUGAAAUGACACAUGCUAUAGGCCAAAUGCAUGAACAAUCCCGAAGUGACCGUGAUAAUCAUGUCACCAUGUUGUGGGCGAAUACACAGGGUGGAACAGGCAACUUUAACAUGGCAAAAAGCACUACCCACGACUACAACCCAUACGACUACGAAUCAGUUCUUCAGUAUAGUUUAACGGCAUUCUCCACUAAUGGCCAACCGACAAUGGAAUUUCAUGACCGCCGAUUGGAUUUCUUGGCUGACUCAGCAACUGGUCUUAUGUUUUAUGACAUCCAGGACAUUACUGAUGCAUAUGAUUGCACUAAACCGUGCAGAGGUCCAAACAAUGAUGUCCCCCUGAAGCAGUGUCAGAAUGGAGGAUUUGUCCUACAUACCUGUGAUUGUCAUUGUCCGGAGGGACUUACUGGAACGCUGUGUGAAACAACUGUAACUGAUCCAGCUUGUGGUGGUAUAGUAAACUUAGCUGAAGGAGAAACCCAGACAAUAACAACGCCUAAUUUCAACAAUGGAGGUCCAUAUCCCACCGGUAAAAACUGUGUCUGGUUAGUGAAGGGUCCGGAUGGAAAAAAUGUUCAAAUGACCAUAACGGAAAUGGAUUUAACUACGCAAAAUGGAGCGUGUAGCCACUGGUUAGAAAUACAGUAUAACCUGCUAGGACAGACUGGACCGAGACGCUGUGGAACAGUCAGCAAUGAGGUUUAUGUGUCCUCAGACAAUGGCGACCCUACAACAAUGUUACUGAAAUUUGACAGUACUUUUGCUUCUACUGUAUCAGCUGGCAAAGGUUUUUCUCUAGCAGUGACAACCGUUGGUCUGCCCUGCAAGUCACAGCCUUGUAAGCAUGGGACAUGUAAUGAAGUCGGUGAUAGUUAUACCUGCACUUGUGAUCCGAAUUACAGUGGACAACAUUGUGAUACGCUUACUGAUUCCGGAACCAUUUCAUGUGGAUUUGAAGCUGGCGAGGCCUGUUACUUUGCAAACUCACCAACAAAUUCCUAUGACUGGAUAACAAAUAUGGGUACCACACCGUCUAGUGGGACAGGUCCUUCUGCAGCUAACACAGGAUCACAGUAUUUGUAUGCAGAGGUUUCCAGUCCUGUACCAAGUGGAACUAAAUUUCAUUUUGAAACACCUUUACUUUCAGCUACCGAAAGAUGCAUGUCUUUCUGGUAUCACAUGAAUGGUAAUUCUGUGGGAACGCUGAACGUUCUACGGAAUGGAAACCAGGUGUGGACUAUAUCGGGAAGUCAAGGAGACCAGUGGAAUAAGGCUGAAUUUAAUAUUGACGACAGUGUCGGUUACAAGGUCACAUUUGAAGCAAUACGAGCAAAUAGCUGGCAAGGUGAUAUUGCUAUAGAUGACGUUUUAUUAACACCCUGUGGUCAAUCAUCAACUCCACAGCCAAGUACAGAAGCACCAACAACGCAACAGCCGACAACACAACAACCAACAACACAACAGCCAACAACAACUCAACCAACAACACCACAACCAACAACACCUCAACCAACAACACCACAACCAACAACACUACUACCAUCAACAAAACAACCAACAACACAACAACCAACAACACAACCAGUGACAACUAGUCCUCAGUCUGAACUGCACUGUACUUUCGAGGAUGAUACUUGCUUCUUACAAAAUAUAGAUGGAGAUUCUUUCGACUGGACUAUAAGAUCAGGAAGUACACCAUCAAGUAACACAGGUCCUUCAUCUGCUUUCGAGGGAACUAUGUAUUCUUACAUAGAGGCAUCAGGAAAAGCGGUUAAUGCAGAAGCCAAGCUUCAAAGUUCAACAAUUGCAACAAGCCAGAUCUUCUGUCUGACUUUUGCUUACCAUAUGUAUGGCGCAAAUAUAGGCUCCCUGACCGUGGACAUUAUUUCCGCUGGUGGCACACAGACUCUGUUCAGUGAAAGCGGAAACAAAGGAAACCUGUGGAAUAAAGCAUAUAUUCCAGUUUCACCAACAAGUGGCAUAAUUGAAUUUACUGCAUUACGUGGGGAUGGUUUCCGUGGAGACAUAUCAAUUGAUGACAUUCACUUCCAGUCAGGUGAUUGUGCAAUUCCUUCCACUACCACUCCCGCUCCAAUAACUCCUCCCUUCAGUUGUACCUUUGAGCCAGGAGCAUUCUGUUUCCUGACACAAUCAUAUGAAGACGAUUUUGAUUGGACAAGUAGAGAUGGCGGAACACCCUCUUCAAAUACUGGACCUAGCGCGGCAUUUGAAGGUACUACAUAUGCCUACACUGAAGUUUCUGGGCUUCAAUCGGGAAACAGAGCUGUCCUAGAAAGUUCAUCAAUUAUAACAGCUGAUUCAAUGUGCCUGUCCUUUGCCUAUAGCAUGUAUGGCAGUAACAUGGGAGAUCUUGAAGUCGUGUACGAUAACAUGACGGUUUUUGCCGAGAUUGGAGACAAGGGAGACAACUGGCAGCAGACAAAAGUCACUCUCCCUCCUCCCAUCGCCUCCGGAGCAAAUAUACAGUUUGUUGGAACACGUGGGUCAGGAUUCAGGGGAGAUAUUGCUAUUGACGACAUCCAGGUCGUCACGGGAGAUUGUGUCCUAGAUUGUUCUGAUAAUCCUUGCGGUUCUAACAGCAUGUGUAUUGCCGAGCCAGGUACAGCACCUGGUUUCAGAUGUGAGUGUGCACCAGACUUCAGUGGGCAAUUCUGUGAAAUAGCCUUAGGUUCAGUGGAAUGUACAUUUGAAGAUGGAGAAAACUGUUUUCUGGAAAACGUAAACUUCGACGAUUUUGAAUGGUCCAUCAAUUCUGGAGAGACACCGAGUAGCAACACAGGCCCCAGUUCUGCGAUACAGGGUACAAAUUACGCAUACAUUGAGACAUCAGGGCGAAGUUCAGGUGACAAGGCGAUAUUGGCUACCACACUCCAAUUUGAAAGUGGGGAAAGAUGUUUAACUUUCAACUACAAUAUGUUUGGAAGUAGCAUCGGUGAACUGAGAGUAUUGCAGAGUUCGUUGUAUUCCAUUGAACUUUUUUCUAAGAUUGGUCAACAGAGCACUUCAGGAAGUGACUGGAAAACGGCGGGAAUCGAUAUUUAUCAUGAUGCUAAUGAUGCGAUUAUGAUAGAAGCUUCGAGAGGGUCAAGUUACACUGGCGAUAUAGCUCUGGAUAACAUCCGAUACAUUCCAGGACGCUGCGGUUGUGACAGCAUCACCUGUAUGAAUGGAGGAACAUGUAUGGAUACGGCCACAGGAGGGGUUUGUCAAUGCCCAUCGAUAUUCACAGGGCCCUGGUGCGAAAGCUUCGCGGACAACGUGCUUGGUUGCUCAUUUGAUGACAGUCCAUGUUUCUUGGAAAACGUCACAGGUUCAGAUGAAACGGACUGGAGUAUAUCAAGUGGAAGUACCCCAAGUAGUAAUACGGGACCAGGCUCUUCAUUGGAUGGGCCUUUUGCGUUCAUUGAGGCUACCGGACUUAGUAGUGGCAAUACCGCUGUUCUUACAUCCGAACAAACUUCCAUUUCUGAUGUUGGGCCACGUUGUCUUCGAUUCUAUUACAACAUGAAUGGUGCCAACAUGGGGACACUUCGGGUGAGGGCUGGAGAACGUGGCUCUGAGAAUGAGGUCUGGAGCCUCUCUGGGGAUCAGGGAGAUGUAUGGACUCCUGUAGAAGUUGACAUCCCAGCAGCAACUGACCUCGUGGUCAAUUUUGAGGGUAUUCGGGGAAGUGGUUACAGAAGUGAUAUAGCAAUCGACGCUGUCAGUUUGUCUGAAUCUUCUUGUACAGGAAAUUAGCCAGCUUGAUAUUGGACUUUUCAUCAAAUGAAUUAAAUGUUUACCCUUCAAGACUUUCUUGAUCUUUUGUUAUCAUGAGUGCAAUGCAGAAAGUUUCUUUAGCAAUCACUGCAAGAAUUUAAUGAGAAGAUCUAUAAAUAUAUUAGUGUCUGUUUUGUUCAAUCAAAUGUUUGCUUUAAUAAAAUGCAUGUUUUCAGA